ACAAAUGAGAAACCCGAUAACCCAUUCCCGUAGGGUGUAUUUCACCGUCUAGAUUUGCCACUUUCAAUUUCUCUGUAAAUCCCAAAUGGAAUUCGGGGAAGAUGAAGCCUUACAUCAACACCACAAACGAAGCAAAUCCAUUAAGCAUUCUCAACUUCCAUCAACUUCAGUACAAGAUUCAUCUAUUCUGCCACCAGAACUCAUCACUGAUAUCCUCUCGAGGCUUCCGGUGAAGUUCCUCUUGCAAUGCAGGUGUGUUUCGAAAUCUUGGCUUUCUUUGAUCUGUAGCCCUGAAUUUAUCAAGACCCAUCUCAGUUUAGCAGCUAAUAACAAGGACUACAUUAACCAUAGAGUUAUGUUGAGGGUUAGUCCAUCUGAAUGCGGUCUUAAGAACUAUUCACUUAGGUCUUUGCUUGAUGAAUCUGUUGUGGAUUCAUCUGACAUGAAUUAUCCUGUCGAAAAUCACUGUGGGCGUUUUUGGACGGUUGGUUCUGUCAAUGGAUUGAUUUGUGUUUCUGGGUUGUUUCUAUGAAAUCCAUCAAUUAGAAAGUACAAGAAGUUGCCUACUGAAAAAAGGUUUUGCUUCUAGCAUGGUUACGUAUGGUUUUGGGUACGAUGAGAUACAUGAUGAUUAUAAGGUAGUGCGUGUGCGUUCUACUUGUCAACAUCACAAUAAGCAUUAUAACGAGUUCGAAGUAUAUAGUCUAAAGAGUGAUUCUUGGAGAAGCAUCCAUUGUCUUAAGAAUGAGUUACUUUUCACGGAGGUGGGUAAGUUUGUGAAUGGAAAGCUUCAUUGGGCUACUUGUGAUGGUCAUUUGCAUGAGAUGAGGGAUGGAGCAUCAGUUCUAUUGAUUUGUCUUGUGAGGAAUGGGGAGUGGUGGACCUGCCUUGCUAUGGAGAAGGAAAUGGUGUUUUCUCGCUUGGAGUAUAUGGAAGUAAUCUUUCUAUGGUUUGCACUGAUCCGAGAACUCACGUAGAUGUGUGGGUUAUGAAAGAGUAUGGUAUUAAAAAAUCUUGAUGUUUACCAUCAAGUAUCCUCCAUAUGAACACCGUUUGGGUUAUCUGUUUUCUCCAUCCUUUUGCUUGUCAAAUACAGGUGAAAUUUUGGUUAUAUUUGGAUCAGUUUUCAUGAUAUACAAUCCAAAAGAUGACUCGACAAGAUAUCCAAAGUAUGUGGAUGUUGGUGAUGGUAAUUUUGGUGUUGAAGCAGAAAUUUACUUUGAAAGUCUAGUUUGCCCCCUCUUACAAAACGAACUAAGGACACGACAGGGAUGAAUGCUGCAAAAGUUUUGACGAGCUCAAUUGUGUAAGAAGUUACUGGUAAGAGUUCUGCUCUUUACAUUCUUUUCACAGGGGCAGUUCAAUUUUGUCUAUAUUGACAAAUAUAGAAAAACACUUUAACAUAAUUAAGGGUCAUAUUCACACCACAUCUUCCUCGAGAACUUGUUUUCCUAUUGCUAUUUGCAUAUUUCCAUGAAAAAAACAACAUUUUGCAAGAACAAUUGUUUGGUUGUUGUGUUUGGUGUUAUCAACACUCAAAGUAAAUGAGUUGGAACUUUUCACGAUUCUUCAUAAA